AUGAGCACGAACAUUCCUUCGACCACAGGUCCAGACGACUCGACAAACGCGCAGGCCGCAUCGGCCAAAGCAAUCCCAGAUGCCGCCAUCGUGGCCCCAGCAGAAGAUUCAAAUACAGGAGACUCUCCAAAGUCUCCAAAAGGCGAAGACGCGCUCGAAGAGGGCGAAAUUCUUGAGCUUCAAGCGUUCAUUCCGCGCAGAGAAUGGAUAGAAGACAAGAUCAAGUUCCUAGAAACAUUACCGCCCGUCGACCUCUUCAGCAAUCUAGAGUUUCUCGUUAAUGCGAGUCCAACACCCAUACCCGGCCUCCCAACGCGCGAAGAAUUGGCCGAAUGGAUGAAGCAGCACGAUGCCAUCGAACAAGAGGCGGAGCGCUUUGAUUCCAAUGACAUGAAAAGGCUCAAGAAAUUUGCCAAAGCCGCCACCCAGCGAAAUCUUUCGCCUGCAGACACAGAUCUAAUAGAAGUCACCUUGACUACGCUUCUCGCGCUCGACAAACUCGUUCAUCUGCUGCGCUCCCGCUCCGAGUUUUUGGAACUCACUGGCCUUCGCCUCACAUGGGAGGAGAAGCGUUUGGGAGCAUGGGCAGAGCAUCAGUCAAUACAGGAAGAUAUCGAAGCAUUUGUCAAAAAAUCGGCACGAUGGACACCAGAGGCGUAUCGACGUAUGAUCGAAUCGUUGGUCAAUGUCAGUACGUCGAGCGUGUCGAGUUUCAGCAUGCAUCACACGAAUGCCAGCAACGCAUCUGGCAGUAUUAUGAGUCAUCCCAACGCCAGCACUUCCAGCGUCAAUGCCUCGACCAAUUUCGACUCUCCACUUUCCUCCCCAGUCUCUGCCACGACUCCUGGCAGGCGAAACUCUGCCUUUUCAUCCAAUAACCGCAAUUCAAGAUCAAAAGUUGGUGAUGAUCUUGGACGAGAAGCUGGUCGAUUCACGACACGCAUCGCUGCUUGGGAUCGAGGCCUAGUAAAACCAGCGGGCCAGGCUCUAGACAAGAUGAUCGACAAGAAGACUGUUCCAGAUGCCAUAUUAGAUGAACAGGAUCGAUUGGAAGACAAGACGCGGCCUUUGGAAGCACUGGCUCGCUUUGGAAUGGAGGUUGUGGCACAAUGGAAAAAGGCAGACGAGAUUUACGGUAAUCUCAAAAAGGAACAGGAUGCCGCCGGCUCCCUCAGGGAAGAGAUUAUGCAUGCCAUCAAACAUCAUCCAGAUUCGGAGAUGGACUCUUCUUUUGUUACCCGACUUCAAGGGAUGAACCAACGGAUCACCACGUUGACCACGGCCGUGAACUCUCGCCUGUUCCCAAAACCGACUCACCCUCGCUUUCCAGACCAAGCCGCAUGCAACGACUCCAUCGUCUCUACGCUAUCCUCGGAGCUUAAAUACACAAAGUCGCUGAUACAAGAAGCGGCUGCUGUGAGUCAGCAGUACCACGAGAGGAAUCAGCUGGUCGGCCAGGUAGAGAAUGCUCAGAGACAAUUGGAGCAAUACGCUGUCAAGCUCGAAAGCUGUGCGAAGCGCCUACAGGAAGGUGCAGAGGCCGAGGAUGGUGACGGAACACCGAUUAGAUUAGACUCGGUCGACUGUCUGGAGCCUAUGCGACAUGGAGCGUAUCUGGCAGUUCUCCCCAUUAUCUGUGGAGAAUUGGAGGAAGCAUGCAAUCUUGGAGAUAAUGCUGCCCGUAUCUGUCGUCGAUCUAUGGUGGGAUUAAAAGACGCCACACUCGAUCCGGCUUUCUCAGAGAGCACUGAUAAAGCCCUCGAGUCCUUUACAAAGGCGAAAGAGCGAGCCAUUCAAGCAAAGGAGGCAUUUACCUCGAAAGCUGCUGCCUUGCGAGAGGCUCGAAAGGUGUGGGCAGCUGUAGGAGACGCGUGGGCCUCCCUUGAUGAAGUCAAGGCUACUAUCGCUUCUCACAUGGAGCGAGACAAAUGGCAUCCAAUGGGGCAGGAGCAACCUCUGAGAUCGCCUAUGCGAGAGGAUGGAUCCUGGUCGACGACCUUUCAGCGAAUACCCUCCCAGUUGGAUGAAAUCUCGGCCAAUAUCUCCAACGUUGUUCUGCCCUCCAUCAAAAACCUUGAUGGAUCCGUUGGAUCGGACGUGGUUGGGGCGUUGGGAGGGGCAACGACGGCGGUUCAGCAGUAUCUCGACAACGCCAAGGCGAUGGACUAUGUUCAAACGGAAGAGAUGUCGCUUGAGAAACGCAUCGAUACCAUGAUGCCGCUGUUCGAAGAGUACAAGAAUGCGCUAGGCUCAACGAAGCAUCCGCUUCACGCGGACGUUGAAGCGCAAGACAGAAUUGCAGGCUUGCUUAGCGAUCAUGACUCUAUCAAAGAGUCGGUUGUGCAGCUAUGCGAUGGCCUUGUCUCUCGAGUGCCGUUUAUAGGCAAGCCUGAUGCCUACUUUCAUGGACCCCUUCGUUCGGCACAACCUACCUUGGCCACCUUCCUUCAAACCUGGAACCCCCAAGUACCACCAACACCAUUGCCUUUCAUGCUUCCUCUCGACGCCAACGCUCUCGACCACAACGUCCGUUCCGAUGCCAAUCAUCUUGUGAUACGUAUCACGACCAAGUCAUCUGAACUUUCGCGGUAUCGAGACUAUCUGGAGCUCGCGUUAGCGGCCCGUCAGGUCGAAAAGUCGGCCAGCUCACUCCAGAACGAGCUACGCACGAUUCAGGAAGAAGUAGAUGCCCACGCCUCCAAAAUUUCUUCCGUCGCUGUGGAUGCUGAGAAUGCAGACAUCGACUUGCAUCGAAGAGCUAUGGAGCAGUUUGAAACCUCGCUGAAAAGUGUCGAAAGCGCCUCGAACAAAGUCAAGGAGUUUACUUCGCAAGCAAUACCUCCAUUUCGCGACUCUUUACGCGAUCUGCUCGGCCGACCUGGCGCUCAAGAUCCGGAUGUUCAACAGCAAAUCAUCGACCCGUGUGUACAAAAGGAGCGAGAGCUUGGCUCCCAGCUGAAUGAGGUCGCAUCCGCAUUAGAAGGGGCAGCAUCAGCGAUCAAUUUUGCUCUGAAUCGAGAGCGCGCUGCAAUCGAGACCCUCGAAAGACUCGCAGAGGAAGCUCGACGAAAAGCAGAGCUAGAAGAACAACAAAGAGUUGCUGAGCAGCUGAGGCUAGAGGAAGAACGGAAAGCUGCCCUGGCGAGAGAGGAAGAGGAACGACUUCGCAGAGAAGAGGAAGAGAGGUUACGAGAGGCUGAAAGGGUCAGGAGGGAAGAGGAAGAAGCUGAAAAGGCGCGUAAAGCCGCAGAGGAGGAAGCACGCUUAGCUGCGAUUCGAGAGGAAGAAGAGCGCUUGAAAAUGCUUGCGAAGCAACUCGAGGACGAGCAGCGACGAAUUGCAGAAGAACAGGAACUUGCACGUCAGCGUGACGAGGCCGAGAGGCUCGAGCGUGAAGCCGAAAUGCAACGACAAUUGGCAUUGGAGCAGAAACGUUUAGCCGAUGAGGCAGAGGAGAGGAAACGUCGCGAAGAGGAGGAAAGAGAAGCGAGACGACUACAGGAAGAAGAACAAGAGAGGCAGCGGAUUCUCAAAGAGCAAGAACUUCAGCGUCUCAUCGAACAGGAGCACGAAAGACAACGCCAGCUCAAAGCGGAAGAGGAAGCACGUCGACAGGAGGAAGAGGCUCGGCGUAUAGCUGAAGAGGAGGCUCGUCGUCGUGCUGAAGAGGAAGAAGCCCGUCGUCGUGCCGAAGAGGAAGAAGCUCGUCGUCGUGCUGAAGAAGAGGAAGCUCGUCGCCGCGCUGAAGAGGAAAAGACUCGUCUUGAAGAAGAGGCCCGGCGUAUAGCAGAAGAGGAGGCUCGUCGCCGCGCUGAAGAGGAAGAAGCUCGUCGUCGUGCCGAUGAAGAGGAGGCCCGGCGCAUUGCAGAAGAAGAGGCUCGUCGUCGCGCUGAAGAGGAAAAGGCUCGUCUUGAAGAAGAAGAGGCUCAACGCAUCGCAGAGGAAGCUCGUCGCCGUGCUGAAGAAGAGGAGGCUCGUCGCCGCGCUGAAGAGGAAGAGGCUCGUCGUGCUGAAGAAGAGGCCCAGCGUAUAGCAGAAGAGGAAGAGUUACGUCGUCAGGCACUGAAGCAGGAGGAAGAAGCCCGAGAACAAGAAAGACUCCGACUGGAGGCGGAGAGGGAGGAAGCCCGUAUCGCAGAAGAAGCCCGCCUUGCAGAGAUACGACUUGCAGAGGAACGGAGACUUGCACAAGAGGCCAGUGCUUCCUCUAUAGAAGAUGUGUUUGCUCGUGCUAUGUCCAAGGAGGCUGGCGGUGACGGCCCUGCGUCUACUUUCGAACAAAUCGAGGAUCUCAGACGUCGUUUGCGCGGUCUGAGUCUGGAAAACUGGGUUACACCAAUUCCAGACUCGGCGCAGGCCUCUGUUCUUCCGACGAAAAGCUACGUUGCACAAUCGGAGGUGGUCUUCGACGAGAUUUCAAGUACAUUUCGCGGCAUCCCCACGACCAUGGACGACAGCGAAGUGCAAGAAAGUCACCAGACUUUGCACAAGGAGUUGGAACAUGCAAGAGAGCUACUCGAUCGCUGCCGUGCAUUGUCGGUGGUGUCUUCUAAAGCGGCUGAGUGCGAUGCAUCUCUCAGUGAUCUGCUUGAACACGUAGAUGGUUACCCUUCGGCACCUAUUGCAGAAUUGCAAUCGCCGCAUGUGUCCGACCCAUCGAAGCCUCCGGAAGAGCAACUUGCAGCCCGUCUGGCUUACACUCAAAAUCUCGUACAAGAGUUCGAAGCAGCCUCAAAGCCUUUAUCGUCCGAUGGUCGUGUAGCUGCAGAGACUGAGCGCCUCGACCAGACGUGGACUGAGCUUCAAGAGAUGUGCACUGAUCGCUUGCAAAAUAAAUCGAGACCGAGUACGGCGAGCGGUCAUGGAUUUCCAUCAGGCCGUGGAAGCAGCAUGUCAAGUCGUAGUAAUUCCUCUGCUCCUUCCGGUCGAAGUACGUCCUCGUUGAGAGCAAUGCUUGAGAAGACACCAGUAGCAAAGAAGAAGAAAGAUCGGGAAAGUCUUGGGCUAGGACGAAGUCCCCGUCCCAGUGCGACGAUGCCAGUUACGACUCCAAGGCAGGUAUCGCGCACGGUCUCCAAGACACAUUCAGGUCGUACGGCAUCUGUCGCUCUCAACGCUCGACAAGAGCGUCUCGAGCCCAAGCUUGCGAAGAAGAGAUCCGUCUCAGGCCCACUGGUCAGUCCCAAUUCGUCCUUGCACCAAUCGACGUUCUCCUCGCGACAACGCACCGCCAGCAACACCCUCGGAUUGGACCCAGUCACACCGACCAAACCAUCGUAUAGCGGCUCACGCUCUCCGUUCAAGACUCCCAAGGGGUUACGACCUCCCUCUCCAGACCUUUCUGAGACAUCCAGCAUACAGAGCAAGGGUCGAUCAGUGUCGGCACACUCUCGCAUUAGCGGACCUUCCUUCGGUAAGCCACCGCCUCGUCCUCCAGCUUCCAAAUCUGCUGUGCGCAAACCAUAUGUGGCAAAUCCCAAAAAUAAAUUGGACGUGGCGGUUGGAAAUGUCGUCAACAAGAUGGCAGUGAACGUUCCUAUUCAAGCUGUCACGUCUAGCGGGUGGGAGGACAAGAGCGGCAAGUAUUGGAUCGGUGACGACGAAGAGGCGCGUCUUUGUUUCUGCAGAAUCUUACGGUCGCAGACAGUCAUGGUUCGAGUGGGAGGUGGCUGGUGUGAACUGUCCAAAUUCCUCAAAGAUCACUUUGCCCAUCUUUUGGACCAAAUUCCAGACGCACCGAGUCUUGGUUCGAAGGAGCAGAAAUGGAUCAGUUCUGCGACAUUGAACACCACGACCGAAGAACCCCUACUCGAACUGCCAAUCCUCCAGGGUCCCCGCCCACCAAAAACUCCGGAACCCAGACGGCCAUCUGGUGCAGUUGUUGUCCUUCAUACGCCAAACGGCACGAGCCCACGCUCUCUACACUCCUCUGGAUCGCCAGGAUCGCCUCUUGCACCCCUGCAGUUCAUUCGAAAGGCAGAAGAGUCACCACAUCGAUCCGGUACGACACCACCUCCUCAUCGCCUAUCCAAGAGCACGACAUCACGAACGCCUGCAAGAAUUGUAUCUACAACUCCCGUAAAACCGCCAACUUGGCGCAUGUGA